UCAGUCGCGUUUUUGCCGGCCUACUAAAUACACGUGUUGAAAUUUUGAAUAGUGAAUUAACGCGCCUAUUUACGAUGUAAUAUUACAAUAUUGUGAUGAAUAAAAUGUGUCAUUAUUAGUCUGGUAAAUGACUAAAAUAUUACUAGAAUAUCGAUUCUAAAAGUGCACCGGUUACAUUUACGAAAGGAAUUUAUAUUAUUAGUGUUAAAUCAACAACAAUGAGUGUACAGAGUUCGUUGGUGGUCAGUAAACUUUGACUGUAAAACGGGUGUUUCGGAAUAAAUUAGCAAUCAACAAGGAUCAAGAAUGUCUAUUAGUGCUAAACUAUAUCGUAACUUGAUUGACGCUAACUCCUACGUGUGAUAAAAUAUGUGGAGAAAAUGGAUCCACAGGAAUUAGUGCCGUUAGAAACUGGCAUCCCCCGGCCGCGUCCGUCCCGCCAUUUCAGUCAAAUAGCGUCGCGGUCAUGUUACAAGGGCCCCCUGCGCCUGUGCAGGCUGCUGGUGCUGAUGAUUGUACUGCCCAGUCUGUUCAUAUUCAUACCGCUUUAUAUGAGGUACCGCGUGUUCUCCGGUCAGAUGUACCCCAUGAGUAUGACGGACAUGCGCCUCAUCGACAGCAAGAUAUCCCCCACAUGGUGUCAGAGGCAAGUGGUGAAGUCCAACGCUACAUUCAACGCGUUCGUGGUGCCAGGGCAGCCGGAGCUGACGGACGAGCUGGUGCCAGUCUCCAUGACCAGGGAGCUGGAGCUGGAGGAUGACAUGAAGGAGUACUGGGGGUUCUACUUGCUGCAGGGGUCCACCGUCACUGUGUCUGCUUGUGUCAGAUGGCCAGGCGCCUCCCUGAUCAUGAUAAAGGGUUACAAGCACCUGCAAGAAUGCGCCUACAUCGGAGACGACUCCUCCGAGGAGCUGGACGAGCUGAUCGAGAGCUACAAGCAGGGUCUGAUGACGAACACCACCUUGCUGGACAAGAUCAACAAGCUCAAUAAAGAAGAUGGGAAGGCUAAUGAUCCUGGUACGAUGAAGAGGCACAAACCUGGCGUAUCUUUCCAUGACCCAAAUCAGACGGCAAACGUGACGUCAUCUGACAAUGUACCCACCAAUGACGUCACUGAUCAUGACCCAAAGGAACUUCGCCAGAUCCUGGAAAGGCUGCACGCGCUGCGACAGGCAGCUAAGACUGAAUCAGCGAAGUACUACACCCCGCCCUCCCACCUCAUGGCUCUGCCGGCGCUGCACCGAUACAGAGACACCAACGUGGAUAGAGAUGAGAGGAGAUGGCUGACUUUUAAAGAUAUAGACUCGAAUAUCAGCGGGCAUACCAAGAUUAAAACAAAUGAGACGACCAAAAUCGCAGAAAAUCCACAUAUUUUAGCUGUUAAUCAAACUUUCAACAAUGCUACGAAGAAUAUUAUUAAUACAAUUAUUCAAAAGGAGAUAGUUCAAAGUAGCAGAGAUAAUCUUAUCAACACUAUAUCCAAACAUAAAAGAUAUGAUAAAGGAACAAUAGAAAAUGGAAUUAAGAAUAAUACUGAAGCAAAACUUAUCACGGUGGAUAAAGAUCAGAAUAGUAAAGAAGAGCCAAACUCGAAAGAAGUGUUCGAGGAAGUGCUAAAACAGCUGCAAGGCUUGGGAGAUAGGGGAAAGCGAGUGCUGGCGCGUCUACACGAGACCAUGGGAGUGGCUUAUCAAGAUCAGUCCACAGAUGCAGCAACGCGGAGUGAAGAAGAUUUGAAUCAUCUGCGCAGUGUGCUGGUAGAAGCCAUUGACGAGGAGAAGACCAAAACACAGAGACAGCAAAAACGGCACCAAGCAAGGGAAGAUGCAAGGAACAAGCGGGAGCUACUGCUUGGACAAAUCGAGCUUCAGAAACAGUUAAACGAAGAUGACGAGGCUAGAGAUUUAGCGGCUGAAGAGGGUCUGGAGCCAGAUGGUUUCGCGGAGCACCAUAACCAUAUCAACGAAACAACAGCCUUUGACAUGUCCAACUCGGAGUUCUGGUCCUCUUUCUCCAGCAGCGAGGAAGCUUUACUGGAGUGCGCUGGACUGAUACUGAAUCUACCGCUGACUCCUCACCCUUCAUGUCAGCCUACUGCUUCUGAAUCCGAGAGCCUUACCGCUGCUAGGGCUAAUGCUUUAACUUAUAGAGUGCCAGCCAAUGGCUACUACUUCUUCGUGUUCAACUCCGAGAACGAGGUGCAGAGGAACUUCAUCCGCGCGCGCUUCGACCUGCAGAAGACGAGAUACGACAUCGCACUCACCACCCUGAGAGAAUGCCGCAAUAGCACCGAACGGUGUGACCUGUCCCUCGACAUAUUCUCCAGCCAAAAGGUCGUUUUAGAACUUCCGCUGAGAAAUAACGAUUCGCUUUGGAACGAGCAGUUCGUCAUCGUAUCGGAGUGCGAGCCUCGCACGUCAGUGUACCUCGCCUGUGUCAUUGCUGUGCCGAUUUUGAUACUCCUGUUUGCGUUUCAAUAAUGUCUUCCCGACCGAAUUUCGGCCAACGCGGCCAAUAUCCAUGGAGAUUUGCCAACUGCGCAAGAGAUAUAGUGUACAAGUGUGUGCGCAAACACAGGUGCACUCUCUAUUCCCUCAUUCUCAUAGCCCAAUGAGAUGGAAAUCCGAUACGAACGGAAAGCAAUCAGGUGCAAGAGCGACAGGUUUACGUGCUCUUCGAGGCACGGUGGUAAUACCACAGGUAAUACGCCGCCAACUUACUAACUCUGGGCUAGUAGGUAUUGUAUGAGUAACUAAAUAGUUACUAUUUGCUACUCUACAAACUAUGUUUAAGACUGGCACCUAAACUGGUUUAAUAGUUAAUUACUUAAAUUAAGUUUAUGUCCUUUUCUUAUUACAUUGGCAAGAAUGAGAUGCAAAUAGGUAGGUAGGCUCUAAAAUUUAGUUGCAACCAUAAUCAGUACCUUGGUAAACUAUUAUUAUUACUUAAAAAACCGAAUGGGUCCAAUAGUCUUUAUGACGACAACGACUUUAAUAUCAUUAGUGAUUAGGUAUGGUACCUAGUUAGUUCCAAAAGUAUUAUAAGCAUCUGAAUUAUAAAUAGUUCUUUAUCUAAUAUCUAAAAUAUUAGGUAUAUUAUUAUAAUAGGAUCUUUACCUAAUUACUUAUUUGUGAUGGCGAUAACCCAUGCAAAUGCCCGAAUACUAACUACUAAUAUUAAAUCGUAGGUAAAUUGAUUAGGUACUGAAUUUGAAAACUAAUACUGAAUUAGUACGCUAGAGAUUUGUUUAUAAAAGUGUAUUUAGACUAAACGGGCGAAUGCUCAGACAGAGGCCAGAGCAUUGCUCUAUCAGUUUAUCAAAGAGAAUUCGACAGAGUGGAUAUACAGCGAGCAUUUACUCGUUUGGUUUAAACCUACCUUGUUAGUUGUUAGGUAUUGCUAGAUAUACUUAGGUACAUUUAAAAAAAAUUAUAUUAUUAUGUUUAGUACCUAUCCUAAGUUAAUUACAACGAAACAUAUCGAAAUACUUUACAUUAAUACAUUUUUACAAAACAUUGUUAGAGGCUGUAUUUGUGAUACUAGUCAUAAUAAAACAAUAUAACUAAUAGGCGUUAUUAAU